AUGAAACAAUAUGUCUCUUCAGCGAGUGCCACCGACACCUCUGCAAGUGUCGAUGCUUUUUUGACAAAGCGGCUAGCAGAACGUAUGCAAAGCAUAGUCAACUCUACUCUCAUCGAUUCAAAGAACAACAUCUAUCAAUUGAAAUGGCGUCCAGGACAGAGAUUUCCAGCAGUUUCGAAUAUUGCUAAAUACUAUAUCGGAAGGAAGCCAGUAGGAAAGGUUGAUGAAAAGGUGUUAAUGAUACUAGGUGCUACUGGAGCUGGGAAGAGCACUCUCAUCAACGCAAUUGUGAACUACCUCUUUGGAGUUCAAUGGGAUGAUCCAUUUCGCUUCAAAUUAAUUGUUGAACAGCCUACCUCUCAGGUGAAUAGUGUCACUCGUACCAUCACUGCUUACACGAUUUAUUGGCACGAAGGCUCACCAUGUGCUUACACUCUCACGAUCAUUGACACACCUGGAUUCGGGGACACAAGUGGGCUCAAACGAGACAAGGAGAUCAUGAAACAAAUCAACGAAUUCUUUUCCGUUCCCUGCACUGACGGUGGAAUUGAUCAUCUUGAUGGAAUUGGUUUUGUAACCCAAGCUUCUCAAGCACGAUUGACCCAUGUACAGAAGUACAUCUUUGAUGCAAUACUUACCAUUUUUGGACAUGAUAUUGCAAAAAACAUCUUCAUGAUGAUUACUUUUGCUGACGGACAGAAGCCAAGCGUUCUUGAUGCAAUCAAGGCUUACAACGUUCCUUACGCCAAGCACUUUAAGUUCAACAACUCCGCUUUGUUCCCGACGGUCACUAGCAUGAAAGAAGACGAUGAAGAACAAGAUGAUGAUGAUGAUGAUGGAGAUUUUGAUUUUAAAAAAAAUUUCUGGGAUAUGGGAACGAAAAAUUUAGAAAAUUUCUUUAAGAGUUUUGAGGCUGUUCAGACACGUAGCCUCCAGCUCACUCGAGAAGUACUUGAAGAGCGACAACGUCUUGAGACCAAUGUUAAUGGUCUCCAACUACAGAUCAGUCAAGCUUUUGCAAAGAUUGAAGAAGUAAGAACGGAAAGGAAGACUAUCAAAGACCAUGAAGCAGACAUCGAAGCAAACAAAGAAUUUAAGUACAAAGUUAAACUGACCAAACAGAGAAAGGUUUACACUCCUGCAAAACGUUAUGUAACUAAUUGCUUGACAUGUAAUCGAACCUGCCAUAAGUCAUGUAUAUAUUCCAAUGACAAAGAUAAGUACCGGUGUUCUGCGAUGGACGGGGAAGGACCUAAAAAUGCUGCUUGCACUGUCUGUCCAGAAAAAUGUACAUGGAAGCAACACGUUAACAACUCAUACUACUUUGAAUUCUACGAAGAAGAAGAAGAACGAACAUGUCAAGAGCUGAAAAAGAAAUUUGAUGCAGCCCAACAAGGUAAAUCGAUGGCCGAGCAGAUGCUUCAAGAGUCAGAGUGCCGCCUUGCUCAACUGGACGAGCUGGUCAUGAAUAUGAUCCAACAAAUUCAGCAAAGUAUAAACCGUCUUGGUGAAAUUGCCCUGAGGCCGAAUCCACUGAGUGAAGUGGAAUACAUUGAACUGAUGAUUGAAUCUGAGAAAGCUGAGGCCAAGCCAGGCUGGAAGAAGCGGGUGGAGUAUCUGGAGAAGGCCAAGAAACACUCACGUAUUAAUACAGAUAUAGCUAGAUACCAUCAAGAAAAAAGUGAAGCCAGCAUUGCAAAUGCAAAAGCAACAGCAAAAGCACUAUACACCUCUACUAAAGUGAAGGCUGUGUCUCUGUGGAAGAAUAUGAAACGCUGGUGGAAUUAA